GGACCUACGGGCAGAGCAAUUAUGGUCCAACUCAAAUGCGCGAUGUUGUGUACAGAUGAAUAGCAGACAGCUAUAGGUUGUUCAACUUCAAAUCGCCUAUCACUUUCUUAUGUCUGAAUUGAAGCGCAUUCUUUGUCGUUGGGUGGCGCAUCGUGAUCGUUGGUUCAAUCGUGAUAAGGCAGUAAAUUUCUCCCUCUCGUCGUCCAAAGAUGUCGAGCCCCAACACCUGUUCACAAGCAUCCAAGAGGCGCAACAAGUUUGCGUUACGCACGAGGAGGAUUGCCAGGGGAUCAACGGCGUUUUCUCUCGGCAACACAGCACCUACAUCUACGAGAUCGCGUGGAAGACGAGAACGGCAUCGGCACAGCCACGAGAACAGGAAGAAAGCGAGAAUACGGAAGAAAGAGUAGAUCGAGAUCCCCUAUCCCAGCUGGUCCCUGCUGGAAGCUUCCUCUCGUCCGAUGUAGUUGAAGAUGAUGUUGCACAAUCCACCAGUGCUACCGACGACCAGGACCCGAUGCUCCUGGGCCUUCAAACGACCGACUACAGUGCCCAUUCCUUCUCGUUCAACUGCGCCUGUGCGCACUCUGAGCCGGCGGUUUACGCGGAUUUCAUCCGCUACUAUAAACAGGGCACACCGCCCGUCCGACUGAUCGUGGACUUGAGUCACUUGCUCACCGAGCCGAACCUCUCCUCACACCACUGUGCGGCGGCGGUGCUAUCAGCACUGCUGCUGAAGGUGGAAGAGACGGUAUACUACGACAGGAAGGGAGCGAGACGGAUUUUGGAUCGGUAUCUCGUCGAAUUCGGCCGGGCUUUGCGGGAAAAGUAAGGCUAUUGGAAACAUAGUUUGAGUCAGACGGAUGAAAUCGAAGUAGAAAGCGAAUUUGAUCUGUGAUAAAAAUGAAAUUUUAAAAUUUCGCGAUUUUGUUAAAGCAAUAAAAAUAAAUUUUUGAAAUUAGGCGGAUCUAUAAAAGUAGAUAAAAUCGCGAAGCGCACAAGAGCAAUUUGUAGAACUGCCUAAAUUCCUGCGAGCCAUUGAAUUUGGAUAAAAAAAUAAAAUUUUAAAUUUCACAUAAUCUGAAAAUAUACGGACAUACUACAAAAAUGAUUUUAGCGUCGUGCUGUACGUAGUGCUUCGCGUCUACUUCAGUCUGUUUCUUCCGAGCUCUUGUUCUUGACCUUGAGGAAAUGCAAUAAAAAUAAAAUUUUCAAAUUUCGCGGAUUCUCAUGAUCAGUCAGGCAAAGCGAGUACCUUUUUGCGUCUGUAGCUGUGUAAGCGCAUGGCUUUUGGAACAUCAAAUCGAUUGACUUUCGUAGCUCGUGUGGGACCCGCCCAGGGUGCCUUCUUUGGGCCGCCUACCAUCGGGCAAGUGUUUUGCACAAGACGCGUUUUUGGUCGUAUUGCCCGCCGGCCUGACCCGGGCCCCCCCAAUAUGGUGGGGGCGAGAGGCAUGUAUGAGAUUUGCGAUGUAUGAGCGCUCAUACAUCGUAAAACUCAUACAUCAUACAUCGAAGAUUUGAGGAGAACGACCUUUCGAACAUUGUACAUCAUACGUCAUACAUCAUACAUCGCAAAUUCUGCGACGUAUGUACCUCGUACAUCAUACAUCAUACGUCAUACGUCGCAAAUUCUGCGAUGUACCUCGUACAUCAUACAUCACACAUCGCAAAUUCUGCGCUUGAGGUACAUCAUACAUCAUACAUCAUACAUCGCAAAUUCUGCGCUUGAGGUACAUCAUACAUCAUACAUCAUACACCAUACAUCGCAACUUCUGCGCUUGAGGUACAUCAUACAUCAUACAUCAUACACCAUACAUGGCACAUCAUACAUGGUACAUCAUACAUGGCACAUCAUACAUGGUACAUCAUACAUGGUAGACCAUACAUGGCACAUCAUACAUGGCACGUCAUACAUGGGGUAUGGUGUAGUGUGGUCUGGUGGUUUGGUUGGUUGCGUGGUGCUGCUUGGUGCGCUGCUUGCUUGCUGGUUUGCUGUGUAUUUCUCUAGGCAAUAGAAAUAAAAUAUUGAAACUUCGCGGAUUUUGCAAAUCAAUAAAAAUAAAAUUUUGAAACUUCGCGGGUUUUGCAAGUCUUUAUUUUGAAAUUUCGCGGAUGCUGGUUUGGUUGGUGGUUUGGUUGUCAAAACGCCGGAACGACAACCGCUCGCUGGAAACGUUUUACGACAAGACCCGCCGACCCCACCCACGCCUAAGGCUGCGUCACGAUGAGGGUGAGGCGCGUCGCGGGUGGUAGUGUGGGGGCCAAAAAUGUCCUGCAUGCGUGUCCUCCACGCGGGCGGCCCCUGGGUGUGUCACACUAGCGGCCUUUCCUGGCGCAGAGUGCACAGCGAACGACUAGGAUGGGGCUGGUGCCAGAAGCGUGUGCGCCUGUGCAGGGCUUCAGCACAUGACAUGGUCGAUGCAUGCAGGUGAAUCGUUCCGACGAUUGAAACGACGUGCCGCGAUCAUGUCUACUCUAGGACAGUGGAUUCGAUCUGCAGAAAGAUGCCGAAACUCAGCACACCAGCAGGGGCGCGACUUCCUCUGUAAUAGGAAGUUGGCGCACACCAUCAAGGACGGCGUGCUUACCUUUCGAGUAUGGUUCCUUCGCAGAAUAGUUAAAAUAAAUAAAGUUCGAUGGUGUGCAGAUGCUGCGGACAUCGCGGUGGCCGGACGGACUAGAGGAUACGACGGGAGGAGUGAGCUCCUUUUUUUUUUCAGAAAAAAAAAAAGGGAAAUUGAUCGGCUUCGUUCUCUUCAGUAAUUAUUUUUCCAAAAUUAUCGAAGAAAAAAAGUGUUACAGUUACGCACUGCAUGAAAAUUCAUCGAAUUUUUUCUGCUCCGCAGCAAAAUUAUUCUUGGCGCGCGGGGCAGAGAGUGUUCCGGUGUUGCUCUGUGAUGCAGUUGGAGGAAAUGGAGUUGACCACUGGCCGUGUAAUUUAUGGUUUGUUCGAGCUAGCAGAGGAGCCAGCUAUUUCAGCGCGUUCCUCCCAGUUGCAGGCGAGGCCCGUCGCUCGCCUUCCACACGGCGCGGCAAUCAAGCAGCAGCAGCAGCAUCAAGCAGCAGCACCAAACACCAAGCAAGCAGCACCACACAUCCAACCAAUGCAUCAUGUAUGACGUGCCAUGUAUGACGUGCCAUGUAUGAUGUGCCAUGUAUGACGUAACGACGUAUGACGUACGAUGUAAGCCAUGUGCGAUACAUCAAUGCGCAAUGUAUGAAGCAUCAACGUAUGAUGUAUGAUGCAUCAAUGUAUGAUGUAUGUAUGAAGCAUCAAUGUAUGAUGUAUGAUACAUCAAUGUAUGAUGUAUGAUGUAUGAUACAUCAAUCUACAGUGUAUCAUACAUCGUACAUUGAUGUAUCCAAUUUGCAAUGUAUGAUGCAUCAAUGUACAAUGUAUCAUACAUCAUACAUUGACGUAUCCAAUUUGCAAUGUAUGCUACAUCAAUCAUUGGUGUGCGAUCAGUGUAUGAUGUACGAUGUAUGGGUUGUAUGAUGUGCGAUGUAUGAUACAUUGACAACGUAUCAUACAUCGUACAUCAUACAACCCAUACAUCGUACAUCAUACACUGGACCAUGUGCGGUACAUUAUACAUCGCACACGGAAACCGUCGCGCUCUCCUCAAAUCUUCGAUGUAUGAUGUAUGAGUUUUACGAUGUAUGAGCGCUCAUACAUCGCAAAUCUCAUACAUGCCUCUCGCCCCCACCAUACCCGGCCCCGCCGGGAUUGAUUCUACGGGGUAGCUUUUUUUGGCGAGCACAGCGUCGGGCAAGCGACUCGUCGGGGAGGGAUUUGAGUUGUUCGGAAUUCCAAUCUGCGGCAAGGCGGCUCGUUUGGGAUUGGGACCCGUCCAGGGCGUCUUUUUUGGGCCGCACACCAUCGGGCAAGCGUUUUGCACAGGACGCGUUUUUGGUACCGCCCGUUGGCCGGACCGGGGCGCCGCCGGGAUUCACCGGGGCAGCUUUUUGGGCGACCACAGCGUCGGGCAAGCGAUUCGUCGGAGACGAUUCUGUUCAUUGUAAUUUGUUGUGGGGUGGCUCGUUUGGGACUCGCCCCGGGCUCCUUCUUUGGAUUGCAUACCAUCGGGCACGUGUUUUGCACAAGACGCGUUUUUGGUAAUGCCGGUCGGCUUUGCCCGGGCCCCGCCAGUAUUUUUCCCCGGGGCAGCUUAUUGGGCGAGCACAGCGUCGGGCAAGCGAUUCGCCGGGGGGGAUUUUGGUGGUUUGCAAUUUGCUCUGGGGCGGGCCGUUUGGGACUCGCUCAGGGUGCCUUCUUUGGGCAGCAUACCAUCGGGCAAGUGUUUUGCGCAAGACGCAGUUUUGGUAUUGCCUGUUGGCUUGGCCCGGGGCCGGGCCCCGCCAGGAUUCCCCGAGGCCGCUUAUUGGGCGAGCACAGCGUCGGGCGAUUCGCCGGGGGGAUUUUGGUUGUUUGCAAUUCGUUGCGGGGCGGCUCGUUUGGGACUCGCCCGGGGCGCCUUCUUUGGGCCGCAUACCCUCGGGCAAGUGUUUUGCACAAGACGCGUUUUUGGUAUUGCCUGUUGGCUUGGCCCGGGCCUCGCCAGGAUGCCCCGGGGCCGCUUAUCGGGCGAGCACAGUGUCGGGCAAGCGAUUCGCCGAGGGGGAUUUUGGUUGUUUGCAAUUUGCGGUGGGGCGGCUCGUUCGGGACUCGCCCAGGGCGCCUUCUUUGGGCCGCAUACCAUCGGGCAAGUGUUUUGCACAGGACGCGUUUUUGGUAUUGCCUGUUCGCUUAGCCCGGGCCCCGCCACGAUAUCCCGGGGCAGCUUUUUGGGCGAGCACAGCGUCGGGCAAGCGAUUCGCCGGGGGGGAUGUUGGUUGUUUGCAAUUUGCUCUGGGGCGGCUCGUUUAAGACUCGCCCAGGGCGCCUUCUUUGGGCCGCAUACCAUCGGGCAAGUGUUUUGCACAAGACGCGUUUUUCGUCGUAUUGUCCGCCGGCCUGGCCCGCCCGGGCCCCGCCGGGAUUCAUCGGGGCAGCUCUUUUGGCGAGCACAGCGUCGGGCAAGCGAUUCGUCGGAGACGAUUUUGCUUGUUCGCAAUUUGCGGUGGGGCGGCUCGUUUGGGACUCGCCCAGGGCGCCUUCUUUGGGCCGCCUACCAUCGGGCAAGUGUUUUGCACAAGACGCGUUUUUGGUAAUGCCGGCCGGCUUGGCCCGGGCCCCGCCGGGAUUCCCCGGGGCAGCUUAUUGGGCGAGCACAGCGUCGGGCAAGCGAUUCGAUUCGCCGGGGGGGGAUUCCGGUUGUUUGCAAUUUGCUCUGGGCGGCUCGUUUGGGACUCGCGCAGGGUGCCUUCUUUCUUUGGGCCGCAUACCAUCGGGCAAGUGUUUUGCACAAGACGUGUUUUUGGUGAUGCAGAUCGGCUUGGCCCGGGCCCAGCCGGGAUUCCCCGGGGCAGCUUAUUGGGCGAGCACAGCGUCGGGCAAGCGAUUCGCCGGGGAGAAUUUUGGUUGUUUGCAAUUUGCUCUGGAGCGGCUCGCUUGGGACUCGCGCAGGGUGCCUUCUUUCUUUGGGCCGCAUACCAUCGGGCAAGUGUUUUGCACAAGACGCGUUUUUGGUAUUGCCUGUUGGCUUGGCCCCGGCCCCGCCGGGAUUCCCAGGGGCAGCUUAUUGGGCGAGCACAGCGUCAGGCAAGCGAUUCGCCGGUGCGGAUUUCGGUUGUUUGCAAUUUGCUGUGGGGCGGCUCGUUUGGGACUCGCCCAGGGCGCCCUCUUUCUUUGGGCCGCAUACAAUCGGGCAAGUGUUUUGCACAAGACGCGUUUUUGGUAAUGCCGGUCGGCUUGGCCCGGGCCCCGCCGGGAUUCCGCGGGGCACGCAGUUUAUUGGGCGAGCACAGCGCCGGGCAAGCGAUUCGCCGGGGGGGUUCUGGUUGAUUGUUUGCAAUUUGCUCUGGGGCGGCUCGUUUGGGACUCGCCCGGGGCGCCUUCUUUGGGCCGCAUGCCAUCGGGCAUGUGUUUUGCACAAGACGCGUUUUUGGUAUUGCCUGUUGGCUUGGCCCGGGCCCUGCAAGGAUUCCCCGGGGCAGCUUAUUGGGCGAGCACAGCGUCGGGCAAGCGAUUCGACGGGAGGCAUUUUCGGCAUCGAGAAGAAGCACAUGACACAGGCCGCAAUCGAUCGAUCGGCAUCUUCUGUCGCACGCUCUUUGGAACGUAAUUUAUGCUUAUGGCUUUUGACGAGUUUCGUUUAUAUCAAUAUCUUCGCCUGACUCACUUCCGUUUUCCACUUCCAUAAAGCCCGGAUCUCAGAGGAAGAGGCAAGGGAGGUUUGGUAUCUGGACAAACGAUUCCGCGAGCUUCGCCCGCUCGUGUUUCCGAAUCUUGUUGCGAAGGAGCUGAAAGACGCACGAGAGCUGGAGAACGAAUGGCGCUUGAUGCAUCGGAAUGCACAAAUACAAGAAGUUGUGGAGAACUCAGAGCAAGGCGGUGGUGUUGUUCCGGCUGGCGGGGAAGCAAACAGCGGCCCAACACCGUCGCCGGACGACCUACAUCCGAAGACCGCAGAAGAAGAAGAGCUCCCUGCGCAAGAGCAAGAAGAACCUUCGCAAGUAGAAGCCGUAUCUGGGUUCUCUGCAGCUACACAAGAACCUUCCGCCGCCGCACUCGUGGACUUCGCUCUCUCUUUCUGCAAAGAGGACUUAUCCUGGUUGGAGGACCUUCUUUACGCAGAGGAAGCGAAGUUUCGGGGAAAGGGAAAGGUGAUCCGGAUCUUUCUGUACCGGAAAUGCUUGUUUCGCGGGAUGUCAGAAGAAAAUCAACAGGUGGUCAGGCGGAUCAAUGCGUUGCUACUGGACGGUGUGGAAGUAGAUUCGCCCCCUUCACGACGACAGGGAAAAACUACCACACGUGGACCAGGUGGGGCUGCGUCAGAUUAUCGCAUCUUAAAAGAUGUACCAGAAGACCCAACUUCCGACUACAGCGCUGCGAAUUCGAACAUUGUGGCGAAGAGUGGAAACGUGUGGAACGCAGCGGUGGCACUGGAAAGGAACAAAAAUCAGGACAUCAUGGCGAAUGGCAGCAACGGACAAAAUAAUGGCGCUGAUAAUCAUGAUGUGUCAGACGAUCAGCAGAUAAACCAAAACCAAGGAGGCUUUGUAGAAGAAGACCACACGACACCAGGGCAACUCCGGUGGAACCGGAUCUCCUUCAAAGAGUUUGUCGGCUCCUGCGAAGAUAAUUCCUCUUCUUCCACGACGCGCAACAGCUGCGAAGAUCAUGUUGAACAAAACAGCCAGCCUUCAGAACUGCCCGUCCCGACUUCCGAUUUCGACUUCGCUGAAAAUGGGGUCUUCCGGAUAGCAGAUGUGGUCGAAGACAUCAGGUCGGAUGAGUGCUCCGCGUAUCUCACCCAUUUGAUGCUUUUUUCGGUCCACAAAUCCUUCGCAAAAUCCGCCACUUUCUUCCUCCACGCGGACGCGGUAAACCACGUGCUCCCUUCGGUGCAGUUGUUGUCACAAUUACUUCAGGCGUUCACGGUUGAACAGUCUUGGAACGACUUUAAUGCUGUGCGGGUGGUGGCGGACAAGGAUUUCACAGCGGCGUCGUCGGAGAUCAUUUUGGAAGAAGCGGGCGAAGCCCUACCUUCUGACGUUCUUCCGGCUGGUAGGAAAAAUUCCCAUGAAGCCAAUAGAAACCGGGACGAGCAGCAUCGUGCCUUCUGGCAAACGAAACUCGUGGACGUGAAGCCUGAACAUUGGAUCGCAGUCACCACUGAGACGCAAGACUUCGGCUCCACAGCGGAAGAUAACCAGGCUGUCGCUGCGGAUGCAAUCAGCACAGUUGUCGAGGGCGGGCGGAGCAGUGGCACUCGAGCACAUGAAGAUGAUACUGGUCUAAAAACUUCUCCACAACUAACAAUUGGUGCCAUCGUUCCCGUGCUCUACUUGACGCAGAACUUCAUCUCCUACAUCGACUCCGAACGGCUUCUGGAAGACGGGAUUUGGCAGCGGUUUUUCACGCAGCUCUUCCACAGCUCGGUGCCUCCCGACGAGAAUGGGCUGAAAUUCUACUGCUGUGCGCACUUCGUCGCGCCAACCGCGGCGCUGUUGCGGAGGAGUGCGGCGUUUUACGCGGAUUUCUGGCGGUACAUGACGAGUUACGAGAGUUACACAGACAUGCUGUCCGUGUCUUUGGAGAAGAGGUUUUGGACAACAUCAAGCAGAAAUAAAAUGCCAAGCACAACAUCAAGAUCUUCACCAGCCGCCAAGGGGACGAUAAAAGAAGCGCUGAUCUUCCAAAACGACGAAACUUCCGGCAAAGCCAGCUCUGCAGUUCCUCGCCCAAGUGCCAGUUUGCGGCUGCGCAAGGAUGGAGAAGUAGCCGUCCCGGUCGCGACCUGGUACGAUCGGGUGUGUCGCUACCCAUGCCAACAUUUGAUGAACUUCUGGCCUCUGAUGUUUGGCGAUGACGUAUCGCAAACGCAGCGCUUCUACCACCCAAAUUUACCUUACUUUGUGCAAAUCAGAGGCAUUGACAUGAAAGCGUACUAUCGGUAUUUGGAGAGGAAUGCUCAUGGUGUAGUGUCAACUUCUUCUUCUGCGCAACAAGAGUAGAAAUCUUCUGCAUGCAAGACACGUCAGGCACUAUGAUUACUUUAGGCCAAAUGAAAAAAAUCAGAAGCAGAAGACUUAAGUUAGAAU